GGGCUAUAUAAGGGGCGCCGCCGCCGCGAACGGUCUUUUUGGCCACGGGUUCGCCGCCGGCUCGCAGGUGCUCGGACAACCGCCGCUGAACCGCAACCACCAUGGGCAAGGAAAAGACCCACAUCAACAUCGUCGUCAUCGGCCACGUCGACUCGGGCAAGUCCACCACCACCGGCCACCUCAUCUACAAAUGCGGCGGCAUCGACAAGAGGACCAUUGAGAAGUUCGAGAAGGAGGCGGCCGAGAUGGGCAAGGGCUCCUUCAAAUACGCUUGGGUCCUGGACAAACUGAAGGCCGAACGCGAGCGUGGUAUCACCAUCGACAUCUCCCUGUGGAAGUUCGAGACCAGCAAGUACUAUGUGACCAUCAUCGACGCCCCGGGCCACAGAGACUUCAUCAAGAACAUGAUCACGGGAACUUCCCAGGCUGACUGUGCCGUCCUGAUCGUUGCUGCUGGUGUUGGUGAAUUUGAAGCUGGAAUCUCCAAGAACGGGCAGACCCGUGAGCAUGCCCUUCUGGCUUAUACUCUGGGUGUGAAACAGCUCAUCGUUGGAGUCAACAAAAUGGAUUCCACCGAGCCACCUUACAGCCAGAAGAGAUACGAAGAAAUCGUCAAGGAAGUCAGCACUUACAUUAAGAAAAUCGGCUACAACCCCGAUACAGUAGCCUUUGUGCCAAUUUCGGGUUGGAAUGGUGACAACAUGCUGGAGCCCAGCUCCAACAUGCCCUGGUUCAAGGGAUGGAAAGUCACCCGCAAGGAUGGCAAUGCUAGUGGAACUACUCUGCUUGAGGCUUUGGAUUGCAUCCUGCCACCAACUCGCCCAACUGACAAGCCCCUUCGUCUGCCCCUCCAGGAUGUGUACAAAAUUGGUGGAAUUGGUACCGUACCUGUUGGGCGUGUGGAGACUGGUGUCCUGAAACCAGGCAUGGUGGUGACUUUUGCCCCAGUCAAUGUUACAACUGAAGUGAAAUCUGUGGAAAUGCACCACGAGGCUCUGAGUGAGGCCCUCCCUGGCGAUAACGUUGGCUUCAACGUGAAGAACGUGUCCGUCAAGGACGUCCGCCGUGGCAACGUUGCCGGUGACAGCAAAAAUGAUCCACCCAUGGAAGCCGCUGGCUUCACUGCACAGGUCAUUAUCCUGAACCACCCCGGCCAAAUCAGCGCUGGCUAUGCCCCCGUGUUGGAUUGUCACACUGCUCACAUUGCUUGCAAGUUUGCCGAGCUGAAAGAGAAGAUCGAUCGUCGUUCUGGUAAGAAGCUGGAAGAUGGUCCCAAAUUCCUCAAGUCUGGAGAUGCUGCCAUCGUCGACAUGGUCCCGGGCAAACCCAUGUGUGUUGAGAGUUUCUCUGAUUAUCCUCCUCUGGGUCGUUUUGCUGUGCGUGACAUGAGACAGACCGUUGCCGUUGGUGUCAUCAAGGCAGUUGAUAAGAAGGCUGCUGGAGCUGGCAAGGUCACAAAGUCUGCCCAGAAAGCUCAGAAGGCUAAAUGAAUAUUCUGUCCACCACCUACCACCCCAGUCUUAAGCAGUGGUGGAAGAACGGUCUCAGAACUGUUUGUCUCAAUUGGCCAUUUAAGUUUAAUAGUAAAAGACUGGUUAAUGAUUACAAUGCAUCGUAAAAGCUUCAGAAGGAAAGGAAUGUUUUGUGGACCAUUUGUUUCGUGGCAGUUUAAGUUAUUAGUUUUUAAAAUCAGUAAUUUUACAUGGAACACAACUUGACCAAAAUCUGUCACAAUUUUGAGACCAUUAAAAGUUUAAUGCAAAA